AAAUAUAUCAAAGUAUAUUUGGUAACACGUCCUCGACCGUUUUUCCGUUUCCCUCUCCCUCUCUCUCUCUCAGAUUCAUUUCUGUGAUCAAGUGCUAACACAGAUCCGAUCCCAAUUUCUCAACAUUCACUGCCAUUUUACGCACCUCCAAACAUGGCGACGAUGGAAAGCUUAAUCGGCUUAGUCAACAGAAUUCAAAGAGCAUGCACUGUGUUGGGCGAUCACGGUGGCGAAGGCAUGUCUCUCUGGGAAGCCCUUCCGUCCGUCGCCGUCGUCGGCGGCCAGAGUUCGGGAAAAUCAUCGGUCCUCGAGAGCGUCGUCGGGAGAGAUUUUCUGCCUCGUGGAUCCGGCAUUGUGACGAGGAGGCCAUUGGUAUUACAACUCCAUAAAACGGAAGGAGGGACAGAGUACGCAGAGUUUCUACAUGCACCAAGGAAGAAAUUUGCUGACUUUGCUGCUGUUCGGAAAGAGAUAGCAGAUGAGACAGAUCGCAUAACAGGGCAGACCAAACAAAUUUCCAAUGUUCCUAUCCACUUGAGCAUUUAUUCACCUAAUGUCGUAAAUUUAACCCUCAUUGAUCUUCCGGGAUUGACAAAGGUAGCUGUAGAGGGACAGCCAGAGACUAUCGUUCAAGAUAUAGAAAUGAUGGUGCGUUCUUAUGUUGAGAAGCCAAAUUGCAUUAUUUUGGCUAUCUCUCCUGCUAAUCAAGAUAUUGCAACUUCCGAUGCUAUAAAGCUUGCAAGAGAAGUUGAUGCAACAGGUGAACGGACAUUUGGAGUGUUGACUAAACUUGAUUUGAUGGAUAAAGGAACCAAUGCACUUGAUGUACUUGAAGGUAGAUCGUACAGGCUAGUGUAUCCCUGGGUGGGCAUAGUGAACCGUUCACAAGCUGAUAUCAACAAGAACGUUGACAUGAUAGCUGCCCGUCAGAAGGAAAGGGAAUAUUUUGAGUCCAGCCCAGAGUAUGGACAUUUGAGUCACAAAAUGGGUGCAGAGUAUCUCGCAAAACUUUUGUCUCAGCACCUGGAGAAGGUCAUUAGGCAGCGCAUUCCCAGCAUUAUUGCCCUCAUAAAUAAGACAAUUGAUGAGCUGAAUGCUGAAUUGGACCGAAUAGGCAGGCCCGUUGGGGUAGAUGGAGGGGCGCAGCUCUACACGAUUCUUGAAAUGUGCCGUGCUUUUGAUCGAAUUUUCAAGGAACAUCUUGAUGGAGGGAGACCAGGUGGAGAUAAGAUAUACGGGGUUUUUGAUCAUCAACUACCAGCUGCUCUUAAGAAACUUCCAUUUGAUCGACAUCUCUCUCAAAGUAAUGUUAGGAAAGUCAUUUCAGAAGCAGAUGGGUAUCAGCCUCACUUGAUUGCUCCCGAGCAAGGAUACAGGAGGCUAAUUGAGGGAUCACUUGGCUAUUUUAAAGGACCAGCUGAUGCUUCAGUUGAUGCGGUGCAUUUCAUUCUGAAAGAACUAGUGAGAAAGUCUAUUUCUGAAACAGAGGAACUGAAACGAUUCCCGUCACUCCAAUCUGAUAUAGCAGCAGCUGCAAAUGAUGCACUGGAGAGAUUUCGUGAUGAAAGUCGUAGGACAGUUUCACGACUGGUGGAAAUGGAGUCAUCAUAUCUGACAGUAGAGUUUUUCAGGAAGCUAAACACAGAACCAGAGAAAGGCAAUAAUUCAUCGUCGGGUCCAAAUGCAGAACGCUACACUGACAAUCAUUUACGGAGAAUCGGUACAAAUGUGUCUGCUUAUGUUAAUAUGGUAUGCGAUACCAUGAGGAAUACUCUUCCAAAGGCCGUCGUUCAUUGUCAAGUUCGAGAGGCAAAAAGAUCACUGCUGAAUGAAUUCUAUGCUCAAAUUGGAAGGAAGGAGAAGGAGCAACUGGGUAGAAUGUUGGAUGAAGAUCCAUCACUAAUGGCAAAAAGGGAAUCCAUAGCCAAGAGGCUUCAACUAUACAAGGCAGCACGUGAUGAAAUUGACUCAGUUGCAUGGAAGUGAUGAACAUAACAUCCCAUCUCUCAUAUAUCAAUUCUUCAACGUGCGCAAAAGCCUUCAUUCAUCACUCAGCUUUGUAAUAUCACUUUUGUAUUGUCAAGUUUAUGAAAUGAGAAGAGACCCAAAUAUCACCAA